CACUCAAUCAUACAUAAAUUGACAACCCUCUUCAAGUGCUUAUUCGAGAGACCCAUCUAAGAGGGGUGUACUCCAACAUCUCACUAGAACAACAAUUAUAUCAUCCCACUCAAAAUUCCCACCCACAAUUCCAUACUAUAAUCAAUCAAUAUAGUAUUUUUUUUUCUAACUAUUUCAAUCAAUCAAUCAAUUAUGUUGGGCAAGCGAUCCCGGCCGGCAAUUAGUAAGCUUGCCGGAGUACUAAGGUCCGGGAUCGUCCACACGAUGACAAGUCCACGAGGUCCAUUAGAUUGUAGGUCGUUACAAUCUCCACGGGGUCUAAAAAAUAACAAUUAUUAUGAUCAACAUGGCGGGAUCGGGUUGGCUAUCGUUGUAGCCCUUGAUAACAAGUCUAAUAGUUGUAACGUGGUAUGUGGUGGUGAAAUCCUAGCAAAAUAUGCUAUUUGUAGCCAAUUUUCGAGUCGUUCAAAUCCGAUCAACGUUACUCAAUCUAGUAAGAUGAAGAAUAAUAAAGAGACAAAAAACCAGAACGGUAUGUUUGGACUCGAGGAAGAAGAAAUGAUGGACGGAUUAGAAGAGGAGUUUACAUAUGUUACAUGUCGUGGACCUAACAAGUCCACGACUAGAGUUUACUAUAGUGGUGAUGAACGGUCCAUGGGACCGAAAAUUAGUAAGAAAAUCGGUGUUUUUAACAUAUCUUCGCCGGCUAGAUUCUCCGAUGAUUUUCGUGAUUCGGGUUCGGAUUCGGAUUUUCUUAGUUCAUGUCACUCUUGUAGGAAAGGUCUUCAAGGCAAGGACAUUUACAUGUACAGGGGGGAAAAGGCAUUUUGUAGUGCUGAAUGCAGGCAAAGACAUAUAAGGAUUGAAGAGAGGAAGGAAAAAUGCAGGUCGGAAACACCGCGAUCCGGCGAGCUUUCGAGCUCGCCUUACGGUUGUUCUAGUAGAGGCCAGAUCUUCUCGACUGGGAUAGUAGCAGCUUAAUAUAAAUACCAUCAUUAGGAAUAAAUUUUCUCUUAUUAUUAUUAUUAUUAUUAUUAUUAUCUUGGUAAAGAUAUAUAAUGUAGAAUAAUAAUAUAGGUUAGAUUAAUAAUAACAACAACAAAAAAAAAAACCGGCAAAUCUCCAAAUCUGUGACUAUACAUAUAUAAAAAAAAUGAAAAAAAGAAGAGAAUUUUGCUCAACUGUAAUUAGAAGUCAGAGUUGAGUUGGGUUGGGUUGGGUUGGGUUGGGUUGAGCUUAGUUGUAACUGUAAUGAGAAUCAUAAAUUUUGAUGUGAAUUACAGAAAGUAUUAUUAUUAUAUAUGAUUUACAAAUUAUUAUAUGCUGUUGAUAUUCUGAUUAAAUCUAGGAAAAGACAUAAUCUGCUGAUAUUGUUAGAUGCUGAAUGAAAUAUACAGAAAUUUUGUAGCAACAA